CAGUGUCGUUUGUUGAUGACGUAUGAGGAAGUCGACCCACACCAGAUCAUUUCUAACAGGGGCUGUUUUCACACCACACGAGGACGCAGACUCAUCAACAGAAUGGGUAAACAGAAGAAGACUAAGAAGUUUGCCACAAUGAAGAGAAUGAUCAGUCUAAAAGAUUCACGAUUAAAAGAAAAGGAUCAAUCAAAAAAGACUGUGAAAAAGAAGGAGGACCCCUCAGAAAUGAAAGAAAAGGAGGUGCCAAAGUAUCCAUCCUGUCUCUUCUUCCAGUACAACACACAACUCGGUCCCCCUUAUCACAUUCUUGUGGAUACCAACUUUAUUAACUUUUCCAUCAAGGGAAAAUUGGAUGUAGUGCAAUCAAUGAUGGAUUGUCUAUAUGCAAAGUGUAUUCCUUGCAUCACAGAUUGUGUUUUAGCUGAACUGGAAAAGCUGGGCAUGAAGUAUAGAGUGGCACUGAGAAUCGCCAAGGACCCACGCUUCGAGCGCUUGCCAUGCUCACACAAAGGAACAUAUGCUGAUGACUGCUUAGUCCAGAGGGUGUUACAGCACAAAUGUUACAUUGUGGCAACAGUGGACAGAGACCUGAAAAGAAGGCUCCGUAAGAUACCCGGCGUGCCAAUCAUGUAUAUCUCCAAUCACAGGUACAACAUAGAACGAAUGCCAGAUGAUUAUGGAGCACCAAGGACCUAAAUUACUUGGAAACCAUACUAACCUGUCUUAUUUUGAACUGUUUACACACCAAGUUCAUUGUUGCAUUUUUUCUUUUUUCAAAUUCGAUUUCAGUGCAAAGAAAUUAUUGUAAAUUAACAAAGAUAAUUUGUUUUUGUUGUGUUUGUUUGAAAUAAAAUAAAAAAUAUCAA